AUGAGGGCAGGAGAGAUGCUAUCUGAGUUGUCAACGAGGUUUGAACAAGAGUUUGCAAAGAUCGACUCAGAUCAAGACGGGGAGAUCACCUUCAAUGAAGCGAAGCUCUUGUUUCAACAACUCAACAUUCCUUACAAGAAUUUUGUGAGGGUUCUGCAGCUGAUGUCACGUUGCAAUGAUGGAAAACGCUUCAAGGUCUCAGAUUUCAUGACCCCAGACGUCAAACUGUAUCUGUUGAAUUGUAUGAAAAAUUGUCUGCCGGAGUUCUCAACCACUCUGAUUGACAAGAAGAAAGAAUAUCAGGUCAACGUGUCAAAGAUCCAAGAGAUCUUAGCAGAAGAGAUUGAGCGAGGGGCGAGAGCUCCGUCUUUCUUGUUGUAUCUUGUGCUCCUGGUGAUCUACGGAGUUGUUGUCACCCUGCAACUUUCGCCUUGGAACUCAGCCAGCACGCGAGCUGCCGUCCUCAGCUACUUUGCGGACCAGACGUUCACUUCGAGCAUUGCGACGACUCUGCUCACAUUUCACGACAUUCAGAGCGUGCAAGACUUGUGGAAGUGGCAGAUAGAUGUGUUUGUGAACAAGUUCUACAUCCAAUCAUACUACAACGGGGAACCACUCUCGAGCCUCGACGCCAACUACCUGCUCGAGCACAUCAAGAAGAUGGGAACAUUCAGGGUACUCCAGAGGAGGAGCAGGAACGGGACCUGCGCUGUGAAGAUGCGCUUUCCUGCGUUUGAAUCCUCUUGCUAUGGAGAGACGUGGAGCGAUGGGCUGGAGGGUGCUGUGGAGAAAGCAUCCUUUGUUGGGGCCGUCACAGGGCAGACGUACAAGUACACCGACGCUCCUUGGUACGACUCCGGAUACCUGCAGACGUUCUCCUCCAACAAGGACAGCGCCGUUGCGCAGCUGCAGACUCUGCAGCAGGAUGGAUGGAUCAACGCGUCCUCUCGUUACUGGAGGCUGGACUUCUCGGCCUACUCCCCCGACGUUUCUCUCUUCAUCUACACGAACUGA